UAUUUCAAUUAGAAUUACUAUUAUAGUUAUUCACACUUGCACGUAGAUUUUCACCUAAGAAUAUUGGAAUGUUGAUUUUAAUUAUAUUUACUGGAUUAAAAUAACACUAGUUUACAUCGUCAAUAUGAUUUAUAUCAUAAACUUCGAUUCAAAUUAAACUUAGCCAAAAUAUUAUUUUUUAUUAUAAUUCAUUUAUUAUUAUUUUUAUUAUAAAUUUUGAUAUUUCUAAAUAUGAAACGUAUCAAAUUUUAAUAAAAUGUUUUCUAUUCAACAUUCCGAUGUAAUUAACGUAAAUACAAAAAGACUCAACUCAAUCCGCGACUGUCUGACAUCAUUGGCGGCUGUAGUGAAAAAAACUUCAAUAUUUAUUUGUCUGAGUAUGACACAUAGUGUGUUUAAGUAAAGAAUAUAAUUUUAAAGUGCAAUAUUAAGGAAAAUUUUGCGUGUAGUUUAAUUAAUAUUUGAGCUUGUCAUAAUAUUAAAAUAACUAUUACUUAUUACAAUGAGAAUGUGCACAGCAUUGGGCGUCAUCAUAAUUUUAAUGGAAUUUUGUCAAUAUUCGUGGGAAAAUCAAGAAUAUCCAAACUUAAUUUUUUUGAAAAAAGAACUUUUGGAAUAUAAUGGUAUAAAAUCUAAUGCAUACGAAAUUAUUGAAACAUUUAAAAUAUCACAACCAUUAAAAGCUUUUGAAUGUAACACGAUCGCGAUAAAAAAACGAUCGUUUAAGUACUUGUUUUUAUUGAUAUAUUACAGUAUAUUAGCCGUCAUGAAUCAUACAGCAAAUGGUCAAGAAGAAGUUUUUAAAAAUAUGAUACGAAGUUCAAAAAUUGUUUUCAAAUUCAUGAAGAAACAUUUUGAAAAUAUCUCUUCGGAUUUCGAAAUUAUCUACAAAAUAUUGAUUAAUAAACAGAGUAAUUUUAACCAAAAAGAUUGUUUGACAAUUCUGAAUAAAGUAGCAUUUAUAAUUGUCGACAAGUCUAAUAAAGUCGCUGAAAAUAUAAUUCAGAAAGAUAACGAGUAUAAUUGGUCAAUAUUUAAGUCUGUAAUAGAUGGCAUUGGUGAGAUGAAAGAUCAUUUUCCACCGAAAAUAGAUACAGACUACGAAGAUACAAUUUAUGUAAUAAAUAUUCUUAGUCGUAACUUAUACAUCGAGUAUGGAUCUAAUAAAAACAAAUUAAAAAAAAUAAUGGGAAAAUUUAAUCAGUUAUUCAUAAUAAAACAAAACAAUAAAUCUACCUUAGACUAAUAUUAAUAGUUCGUAUAUUAAAUUAUAAAUCUUAAUUCAUAUCGUAAAACUAUGUUACUCACGUGGUAUUUUUAAAGUAUAUAGCAUAUUAUAACAUUGUUUAUCAGAAGUUAUUAAUAUCUUAUAUUCUAUAAUUUUAAAAAAAAUGGUCUUACCCCUCUUCUCUACCCUUUAAAAUAGUAUCGGCUUAGGUUUUUUAAGUGGAAUCAUUUAUGUAAAAAUAGCUUAAAAAGUUAAUUAUCUAACUAAGAAAAUAAUCGGUCGCUAAAUCUAAAACCAAUAUUUUGUAAAUUAUUAAAACUUUCUAUAAUGACUAAUGGCGAAAAUCAGAUGUGUUUAUUUUUAUCUCUAGGUUUUUGCAUAUAAACGGCACUUCAUCCUUUGCCGUAUAUAAAAGUCCUAAUAUCUAUUAAAAUGAGGGAUGUAGAACAUUUUUUUUAAAACUAUUUAAAACGAUAAAAAUGAUUCAUAAGACCAAUGUAAACUUUCACAUUUUUGUUAUUUGAAACACUGCGUGUUUCAAAUAUAACAAUUAUUUUUAAAAUACUAAUUUAAAAGUUGUAGCCGACCAGACAUUUUUUAAAUAUAUAAUUUUCUUAUAUUUAAACUAGUUAAAUUUUUUUCCACUUAAAAAAAUUCAGUCGAUACUAUUUUAAAGAAGAGAUAGGG